AUGUCAUCGCUUGCCAUUUCGGGAAUCGCUCCACUUUUGGACUUCGCCGGCCUAUUGUUAUUCGUGGAGAAAAUAUCAAUUUACUUGAUCGCUGGUGCCACGUUUUAUUUUUUACGUACUACGUUUAAUGAAUUUCUUGCCAAUUGUGAUGCCAGGUUCUUAACCGAUUACCGUGCAAAAUUUAAUACUGAACUUACCUCACGCGACGAAAACUUUAUAGCGGAGAUCCAAAGAAUCGUGACAAUGCUUAAUACUUCUACUGUGAGACUUGAUGAGAUCGAACAAGUUCUUCAAAACCACCAUAACAAUUUUGGUAGGGUCGCAACCGAAUUCGAAUCAAUCAAUAGAUCUAUUACAAUUCUCCAAACCGAAGUUAAUCAACGAUACUCUCUUAUCCAGAGUACUAAUAGGAGAGGAUCAGACCAGCAAAGCGAGGCUUCGUCAUCUUCUGCUCGUUCAUCAAAUUCCUCAAACUCAAGCCAAAAACUCGCGAAUAUCAUUUCUGUAAUCCGAGAACAGUUUCAGGCUAUCUUUGAUAGAAUUAAGGGUGCGAAUGAUUAUACAUUCGAUCAGAUGUGUAAUGUUGUAUCGGCUGAUAUUCUUAAGCUUGGGAUGGGAGCAAUUGGAAAAGAUACAAUAAAGAGUUUUUACAAUGGGGGUAAUAUAAGAAGCGAAAACUUAGGAAAGAUAGGUGCUUGGAUAGAUAACAGUUACACCACUACUGAGUAG